AUGCCUUCACUUUGGCGAGUGCUUCUCCUCUACCGCCCAAUGAAUUCACUAACGGCACAGCAGGUCUAUGGGCAUGUCGCUUCUAUGACCGAGAUAGAGAGUGUUCAGGAACGAAUUGCAUCUCAUGAAAAGCAAGAGGCGAAGAUAGCGAGGAAGUACGGAAUACCAGGAAAUGUUGAUUCAGCCGCCAUUCUCCAGGCUGUCAAGGACAAGGCGUGGAAUUCGGUGGAUUCCCAACACCCUCAUGACGAGCUCUUGCACGAUGCCGAGGUCCUUGAUGACUUGCUCAAUUUUCGGAACGAACAAUUCCCCGAGCCAACAGAUCUUGAGUCCUCACCUGUGCUAGACCCAGCUCGGUCCUGGGGCAUUAUUAUAGGCAUCGACGCGUAUCACGUAUCUCCGUUCAAUGGAGUCGCCCACUGUCGGAGCCAUUGAAACUAUUUGUUCCGUAGACUGCUAUGUAGUCGGUGCGAAUGGUCCUAUUCCCGAUAUCAACAACAGAGAGCUCAAUACAAUUCUUUAUCUAAUUCGUGUUGAAAAGGGUGAAAAUAUCACAGUUAUCACCGACUGCUGCUAUGCAGGUGGUGUCACCUGCGGAAUAUCAAGCUCUCUCUCAUAUGAUGCCACUCGGAGCUUACCUCUGUCGCUCGCCUCAGG